GGAAUAUUGUGACGUUCUUUGUGCCUUGAAUUCUCCAUCAGGCUCGUCUAUCAACGAUGGCUUCCGCUCAGGUUAUCAACGUUACUCUCCCCGCAGUGCCUCAGGAAUGGACUGCUGAGAAGGAUUUCAAGGCCCUUGGCAGCCUGUCCAGCACAACACAAAGGAACUUGGAGCCCGUUGGUCCUUACUUCUUGGCCCAUGCUCGUCGAAAGCGUCACCAGCGCACCUUCUCCGAAGAUGAGAGAAUCCAAGCACAACAGACCGUCAAGAAGACUGAAGAGGAUGACGACGGUGAGAUCUCUGAAGCCGAGGACCCCAUUAUGCUCUCUCGGGAUGCCAAGGACUGGAAGGGCCAGGAUCACUACGCUGUUCUUGGUCUGAGCAAGUACCGCUGGCGGGCGACACCCGAGCAGAUCAAGCGUGCACACCGCAAGAAGGUCCUUCGUCACCAUCCCGACAAGAAGGCUGCCCUGGGCGACCGUGAUGAGAAUGACAAUUUCUUCAAGUGCAUCCAGAAGGCCACCGAGCAGCUGCUAGACCCCGUCAAGCGCCGUCAGUUCGAUUCCGUCGACGAGGCUGCUGAUGUCGAGCCCCCGAGUAAAAAGGAGGUGGCCAAGGGUGACUUCUUCAAGCUUUGGGUUCCUGUUUUCGAAUCCGAGGCUCGUUUCUCCAAGAAACACCCAGUUCCAUCUCUUGGUAACGAGAACAGCACCAAGGCUGAAGUCGACGAGUUCUACAACUUCUGGUACAACUUUGACAGCUGGCGUACAUUUGAGUAUCUCGAUGAGGAUGUUCCAGAUGACAAUGAGAACCGCGAUCAGAAACGCCAUAUUGAGAAGAAGAACGCCAACGCCCGCCGCAAGCGCAAGGCCGAAGAUACCGCCCGUCUACGCAAGAUCAUUGAUGACUGUAUGGCCCAGGAUCAGCGUAUCAAGAAGUUCCGCCAGGAGGCCCGUGCCGGCAAGGACAAGCGCCGUCUUGAGAAGGAAGCCGAAGCCAAGCGCCUGGCUGAGGAGAAGGAGAAGGCUCGUCUAGAAGAAGAGCAGCGCAAGAAGGAGGCUGAAGAGGCUGCCAAGGCCGAGCGCGAACGGAACAAGAAAGCCAAGGAGGCCGCUAAGAAUGCGGCUAAGAAGAACAAGCGUGUUCUCAAGGCCUCUGUCAAGGACGUGAAUUACUUUGCCGAAUCAGGAGAUGCCUCUGCCCAACAAGUCGACUCCGUUUUGGGUGAUGUCGAGCUUGUCAUCAGCAAGAUCGAUAGUGAUGAGCUUGCUGCCCUGACUGAACGUCUCAAUACUGCGGGCAAGGACGCUGCUGGUGUCAAGUCUGUCUAUGUGGCCGAGGUCAAGAGACUUGUUGAAGCUGGUACGGUGAAGGAGGGAGAGGCCAAGUUCUUUAUCUAGACUAGACUUGUUCGCUUCAUCUUAGAUAUCUUCCUCUUUCCUGCCACUUUUUUUGAGCAAUGCAUUCGUCUUCCGCAUGACUGCCACUGUCACCACAUGUGCAUAGAUAGAUCGCCUGUUUGCUGGUCUUCAAUUUUACUCGUCCUGCAGAAAUGAAACUGGAUUCCGUGCAUGGGAUAUAAUCACACAUGUAGCAUUGGCAGCAUGACGGCUUGUAGAGAUUUAUCCGCUUGAUUACGACCCCUUGGCGGAGACCCC